GGCGCUUCCACCCUGCUAGGGCGGCUCUGGCUCCUGACACUCAGCAGCGCGGGAGUCUUGGCCCUUGGGCCCAGGACUCCUUUGAGGUUAGAGAAGGCAAAGGCUAGGGAGCUUGGGGAGAGAGGGAGGGGGGGCUUCAGCGCCCGGGGAGGAGCGUGUCCCCCACCCCCAGCCCAGCCGCGCUCGCUUUCAGCCCCCGCGCCCGGCGCGCCCUGCUCGGUCGCUGCGCGGUCGCUGCGCGGUCCCCGCGCGGUCCCCGCGCUCUGCUCCAACCACCGACUUCCAGUCCUGGGCGGGCACUUGCCGCCUUUCUUCUCUGAGCGGGCGCCCCGGCCACCAUGGAUGACAACUCCUUCCUCGCGGUGCCAAGCAACUUGGAGUGUCCGCUGAUGCAGGUUUUGGCAGCACAGCCCGGGAGUGCCAGCAGCAGCUCGGCCAGCGGCCUGGGGAACUCCAUCACAGCCUGUAAGAAGGUUCUUCGCAGUAGUAGCCUGCUGGAGUCCACAGAUUACUGGCUGCAAAAUCAGAGGACCCCCUGCCAGAUUGGCUUUGUAGAAGACAAGUCUGAGAACUGCGCUUCUGUCUGCUUUGUGAACUUGGAUGUGGAUAAGGAUGCAUGCAGCACAGAACACCUACAGCAGAAAUUGGUCAAUGUUUCACCAGAACUUCCAAAACUUAUUAACUCCAUGAAUGUUCAACAGCCAAAAGAAAAUGAAAUUGUCCUCUUAAGUGGGUUAACCUCUGGAAAUCUCCAGGCUGAUUUUGAAGUUUCACAGUGUCCUUGGCUGCCGGAUAUCUGCUUGGUCCAGUGUGCAAGAGGGAACAGAGCAAACAGUACCAAUUGUAUCAUCUUUGAAAUCAACAAAUUUUUGAUCGGUUUGGAGCUGGUACAGGAGCGACAGCUCCACCUAGAAACAAAAGUCUUGAAAGUGGAGGACGACACAAACUGUUCCCUGUCUUCAAUCGAGGAAGACUUUCUCACUGCCUCUGAGUACUUGGAGGGGGAAAGCGAGGUGGAAGAAUACAGGACUGGUUAUGAGAACAUAAACAUCUCUGCCAAUGCUUUGGAAAGUAAAAAGCGGAAGGAACCUCCUCAGGAGGAAUGGGAUUACAGCAAGGAAAAGUUGCCUUAUACUUUGGAAGAAAAAUACAUGAGAAAAUAUCACAAACCCAUGAUUGUAAAAGAAGGAUCUUUGGACAGAAGAGCAGAAGAGAGAAGCCUGCGGAGGCUAGAUCUCUCCGCAAGGUCAACAGAGUGGAAAGAGGAAAGUGCAGAGAAGGAGAGACUUCUCACAAAGUCUUAUUUUUCUGAAAAUUUAACAAGUCCAGCAAAAACAUCACAGGCUCAAUCUACCCCAGGGGAUGCUUAUUUCCCCGGAAUGGUUAAGGAAGAUGAACCUUCUGCAUGGGGGCCGGUGUCUGCGUGUGGAAACAGCUCAGGCUCCGGAGCCCGUGAAGAGGGAAACGACAUUCUUCCUCCUGAACAGGAUGGAGGAGCCACAACAGGCGAGUAUGCUACAAAUUUAGCAGAAUCUGUACUGCAAGAUGCGUUUAUUAGAUUAUCGCAGUCUCCACCUACAGAACUCCAGGAAUCUGCAGUGAGUAUAGGAAAUGCCCUGCUACCCAGUAGCUGUUCUACAAAGGACAUCAUGGUCCCUCGCUCAUGGAAUGAACUGCCCAAAAUUGUCAUUGUUCAGAGUCCAGAUGGCAGUGACACUGCCCCGGAGGCGGGAAGCUCCUCUUGGUCUGAGAUGGAAGUCUCUGCGGAGACCACAGGUGUCCUUCCUGGAGACAACCCCAGCCGACCCCCUCAGAGUGCUCUCGAAGUAGCAUUAGCUUGUGCCGCCACAGUGAUUGGAACCAUCUCCAGCCCCCAGGCCACCGAAAGACUGAAAAUGGAACAAGAAUCCCUGGUCAUAGACGAUCCCCAGAAUGAUCAUGAACUGCUCCUGACUCAGCCUUCACAAGUGUUUCAGGAACCUUCCAUCAGCGAAUACUCAUUCCCAUCUGCUUUGUGUGGGAUGACCCAGGUGGCGAGUGCUGUUGCCGUCUGUGGCCUGGGGGAGACAGGAGAGGGCCAGUGUCCCAUGGCCUCUGCUGACCACUUUGCUGCCGCGCCUCCUACCGUGAUGCCCUCACUUUGUAGUCUGGCCACAGAACAGAGCACAGAGCUGGGGGAUGCAGAGGCCAUUGCAGAAGCCUUGUUCACGGAGGCCGCUCAGGUUUUAAUGAAGCCACAGGCCUAUUGCAACAUCGGGGACCUGAUGGAAUCAGUGACCAAGAGAAUUACUGAGACCCCUUCAAAGCCUCAGAUCCCGCACUCAGAGAGUGACUUUGGCAGGGAACUGGCACAGAGCCUGUCCAAUGUGAUCCUGAAGCAUUCCAUUGAGGAAGUUCACCAGAGAAGUAAGGUGACUGAGGCCAAGGAUUCAUCUGAGGCUCUAGACAUCCUUCUGGACGUGACAAACCAACUCCUCUUCAAUGUCGUAUGCUUCACAUUCAAGAAGAUGAGCAACAUCAUGCAGAGUGGCACCUGCCCCACUGUUCUUUGCAAGGAGAUCAUCGGUUGGAAGGAAACAGAACCAAGUUGCCAGCCCGUUUCUCAAGGUGCUAGUCGGGGAGGGGCAAACGCCAUGGAAUACUCUAGUGUCCAUGCACUUAGCGAUCCGCAAAGCCCUGACCACGCUAUUGAUAACCCUGUGGAGGACAUGCAUCCCAGACAAGACAGUAGGGGUCAAGUGAAGUCAGGCAACUUUAAGAAUCCCAAAUUGCAACCAGAUUUGCCAGGUACUAACAGAGUGUUGGAUUCUUUGACUGCUAAGACGUCCCACCAGGAACAGUAUCUCAAAGGCAUGGGGAGGAGGGACUCAAGAACCCAUCCUCUGACCCCCAACCCCCACGGGAACGAAUUGGGGACCCCAACAGAGGGAGAAGUGUCACCCGCACCAAUCGUCAAAGGCGGCAUCGGUCCAGCGGCUCAAGAAAAGCGCAACUGUGGUUCCCCGAUACACCACGACAUUCAAGUCAACUUGUCUCUGUUAGGGAGUGACUUGCGCCUUCCUGGCCCUGCCACCCUUGCGACCAAGCACACGGACCUCUACUGCAUCGCCGACUUUGCAGAAGAGUUAGCGGAGACCAUCGUCUCCAUGGCAACCGAGAUCGCAGCCAUCUGCCUGGACAACUCCAACGGCAAGCAACCCUGGUUUUGCGCCUGGAGAAGACGGAACGAGGGUCUGGGCAGCUCCGGGGUCUCCUGCCGGUCGCUGAAGAGGAAGAAGGAAAGCCAGGCAGGCGGCGGAGGAGGCACGGUGAGGAAGCACAAGCCCCCGCGGCUGAGCGAGAUCAAGAGGAAGACAGAUGAGCACCCGGAGCUCAAAGAGAAGCUGAUGAACAGGGUGGUGGACGAGUCCGUGAACCUCGAGGACGUGCCCGACUCCGUGAAUAUCUUCGCCAGCGAAGUGGCAGCCAAGAUCAUGACUCUCCCGGAGUUCUCCCCGGUGGAGGGGGUCUGGCCGGGCCAGGGCCACCCCCGCCCGCGCUUGCUCAGCGGGGACCGCUGGAGCCGGCUCAAGGCGUCCAGCUGCGAGAGCAUCCCCGAGGAGGACUCGCGAGCGCGGACGCCCCUGGGCAGCCCGGGCUUCAUGAGCACCCUCAGCCAGCCCGUGAGCAGGGCCAGCUCCGUGUCCAAGCAGUCGAGCUGUGAGAGCAUCAGCGAGGAGUUCUCGCGCUUCAUGGUCAACCAGAUGGAGAGCGAGGGCCGGGGCUUCGAGCUGCUGCUGGACUAUUACGCGGGCAAGAACGCCAGCAGCAUCGUGCAGGCGGCCGUGCAGCAGGCCUGUCGCCGCGCCGAGCACCUGAGCGUUCGGCCGGGCUGCGCGUCCAAGCAGUCGAGCACCGAGAGCAUCACCGAGGAGUUCUACCGCUACAUGCUGCGGGACCUGGACCGCGACGCCAAGGACGCCAACGCCGCCUCCCGCAGGACCAGCCGCGACUGGACGGCCAGCCUGCUGGCCCCCGCUUUGCGAUCGCCGCUGGGUCACAGGCAGUCGUCCGUGCCCGACAGCCGGACCCCGGACCCCAGGCUGACGGCCAACGCACCCAUCAAGGCCAACUCGCUGGACGGCUUUGCCCCCAGCGGCCCGCAGGAUUUCCUCUGCGUGCAGCCCGUCAGUGGCUCUUCCUCGGACUCGUGCCUGUACCGGAGAGGGGGCGCGGAUCAGAUCACCACUAUGCUCAUCCACGAGACGUGGGCCAACUCCAUCGAGGCCCUCAUGCGCAAGAACAAGAUCAUCGUGGACGAGACGGACGCCGCCGCGGACGCUGAGCCAGGCUCCCCCGGGCAGGGGGCGGCGGGGGCUCCCAGAUUGCCUUCGGCCUUAGUGCGGAGAGGGCCAACGCUUCUGGUGCAGGAGACCCGGGAGCUCCCAAGGAAAGACUCUCUUACUGGAAGCCUGCGUCCUCCCCUGUCCCCUGCCGGCAAUGCCCUGGCCCCUGCCGACACCAAGGAUUCCAGGAAGGAACCUGCGUCCUGCCACCAGGCGAUCCCCCGGGGUCAACCCCGGCGAUCACUUUGUUCCAUGGAAGUGCCCCUGAUCCAGAUUGAACCCCAUCAGAGGGAAGAGUGUGUUGGAAAGCCCGAACCCCUCCUCCCCGCCGCCGAGGGCAGCCCUCCGGAAAAAGCUGAACAUUUCAAAGAACAGCUCGGCGCUGCCUGGCCAGCCCCCAGUGACAGCCUGGAUACCAGAGAGGUCCCCGAGGCGGAUGUCGCAACCGAAGGCAGAGGCCCAGAUGAGUCCCCCAGCACCCUGGGUAGCAGUGGUGAGAGCACUGACAGCUGGUCCCAGCUUGCCAAUGAAGAGGACAACCCGGACGACACAAGUAGCUUUCUGCAGCUCAGUGAGCGAUCCAUGAGCAAUGGCAACAGUAGUGCCACUAGCAGUCUUGGCAUUAUGGACCUGGACAUUUAUCAGGAAAACAUGCCAUCUUCUCCCAUGAUUAAUGAAUUAGUAGAAGACAAGGAGAUUCUUAAAGGACAGUCACAGCACAUAGAGGAACAUGCCCCUGGACUCCCAGUGGGAGCAGCCAGCCGCCAGGGCAGCCUGCUGGUCAUCAACUUUGACCUGGAGCCAGAGUGUCCUGACGCUGAGCUUCGAGCCACUCUGCAAUGGAUAGCUGCCUCCGAACUUGGGAUUCCUACCAUCUACUUUAAGAAAUCUCAGGAAAACAGAAUCGAAAAGUUUCUAGAUGUCGUGCGGCUGGUUCAUCAGAAGUCCUGGAAAGUGGGGGAUAUCUUUCAUGCGGUUGUCCAGUACUGCAAAAUGCAUGAGGAGCAGGAGGAAAGGAUCCCAAGUCUCUUUGACUGGCUCUUAGAACUGGGAUAAAACAACGAUGCCCUGGAGGGUAUUCUUUUCUUUAAUCCAGCUUAGAUUACAGUGGUUUGCUCGAAACUUUCUCAAAACAUCUCAUCACAUUAGCAGAGCUAUUAAAAAACAGACAAACAAACAAACCUGCUGCUCAAGUCUCUCACACAUGGAAAAAUCUGAAGCCGAUAAAAUGAUAGGUAUUUACAGAACCAUAGAAAUGGUAGAAGAGUUCAGAAGAGUUUGUAUUAGAUUGGCUGGCUGACAAAAUAGAAACUUGAAUGGGGUUCAAAUUCAGAGCAUAUAACUAGGCCUACGUUCCAGGAAGCUCCAUUUACAUAUUCUUACAUCUUUUUAAUAAUAUAAAAUAAUGUAAUGUCUUGAGUUUUGUGAAUCAGUUGAAAACAAAGUGACUGGUCAAAAUAAUUUUAUAAACUAUACUGAAGUCUUUGUUAAACCCCUCUGAACAGUUGAGUUCAGGAAAAUACAGAUUAAGAAGUUUCCAGAAAUCUGAGAUUCACAUUUGUAGAAAAGUAUCAGCAGAUCUUAGCAGAAAUGAUAUGAUAUGGGUCUUCUACUGCGAUGAUUCCUUUAUUUACUGCAACCCACUGAUCCCCCACAAUAUCAGGGUUCGAGCUAACCACAAAUUAUUUGCUUCCUUUGAGCAAGAGAAACAUCAAUCAAAGAUUGCCCAAUUUACAUCUCUUUAUUACUUGAGUGACAUGAUUAUAGAAUCUUAUUCUACAGAAAAGUUCUCUUAUAUUAAAUAAAAGCCUUCUGAGAAAAAUUCUGCUUGCAUAUUAAAUUAUAUAAGACAAACUUUUAUUUUAUUUUUAUUGUAAAUGAUGGAGAGAUAGUUAUCCUAAGUAAUAUAUUAAGGUAGUUGAAAGGGUCAUAAAUAGAAAGAAUUAUUGUUUUAUCUCAUUUGUAACAGAGAAGCUGGUGGCUUGCUUCUUCAUUAAUGAAUUGGACACAAGUGGCAUGAUUGCUGCCUGUCCUUUUUAAUGCCAAGAGUGAUAUUUGACGAGUCCAGGGAGGAUCAGAAACACUUCCUGGUUCAGAGACAAUGCUGGUUAAUUUGUGGAAAAAGAACACCUUAUCAUAUGUUAAGUAUUUUAAUAAUAGAGAUUUACUGUUUUGAAAAAAUUGUAAGUGUCUGAUGUCUACCGAAUAACUAUUUUCCCUUGAGCUAAAUAAGCUAAGCUGUCUUUUAUUUUCUUGGUCAAAGAAGGUAUUUGUUAAAGAUUUCCUGAAAUAUUAUGUUUUUACACUAUUUUUAAAGAUUGUGAUGUAAUUUUAAAUGUGAACAACGCCCGCCUGUGUCAUCAUUGUAAAUCUUCUGUGUGAUCCAUACCUUGAAAUACCAAGAAAUCUUCAUUAAAGACAAGCUUCCUUCUCACUCCUCCCCCGUAUUUUCCCAAUGCUCUUAAAACUAAAGGACACUUAGGUUGUAAGUUUAAUUUAACACAUUAAGAAGUAUUAAACCUUAAAAUUUACCCACGAGCUCAAAUUGAAACUUCUUUAUGACAUUGAAAAACUAUCUACUUAUUUUAAAAACGAUCCCAGAAAUAUUGUGUGUUGACUAUUUGUGCUUCAAUGAAUGUUUACUUAUUCUGUAAAAAAAAGCACAAGUACUGGAUUGUAAUCAUGUGAUGAAGUUCUAUGUGUUGUACCUUAUGUUGCAAAGUUAUAAAUAAAUUUUUGUUGCCAAACUACUGACAACUGUCUUCCAAAAAAAAA